AUAAUGGGAUGUGUCCCUCGCAACAUUUCUUGUUCCAUCUUUCCCCGCAGGUAUUCGUCCAAAAACAAAUAGAAUAGGAAUGGGUAUCCAGAACUCGGCAAAUCUGAAAGCAGUCAUUCGCCCGUCAGUCGAGAAAGCACUCUCUCUAACAAUCCCAAAAACCCAGCGGGCGGCAGUUGCAUUUACUCAUGGUGGAAAACUUGAGAUCAAAACCUCUGAACCAGUUCGUGAACCUGGACCUGAAGAUGUCUUGGUUCAUGUCGUGAAAACUGGAGCUUGUCAUACCGAUCUUCAUGCUUUGAGUGGGGACUGGGAGUUGAAGAGUAAGAUGCCUUUAAUUGCUGGUCAUGAGGGUGCAGGAUAUAUUGUGAAAGUUGGCGAGCAAGUCACGAAUUACAAGCCUGGAGAUCGUGUUGGUAUCAAAUGGAUCCAUGACACAUGCGGUAUCUGCGAGUUUUGUUUGAGUGCGCGUGAGACUGUUUGUCCGAAUCAAGAAACCUCGGGAUUUACUGUUGAUGGAAGUUUUCAAGAGUAUGCCGUUGCGAAAGCACGCCAUGUUGUUCCCCUACCCGAAGGGUUGAGUUAUGAGCAAGCGGCGCCCAUACUUUGUGCCGGACUUACAGUAUACAGGGGUCUAAAAGAGACCGAGGUUAAACCUGGACAGUGGGUGGUCAUUUCUGGCGCUGGCGGGGGUCUCGGGCAUUUGGCAGUACAAUAUGCGAAAGCAAUGGGAAUGAGGGUCGCUGCGAUAGAUGCCGGCUCCAAACGAGAAUUCUGCGAAUCCCUUGGCGUCGAUGCUUUCUUUGAUUUUCAAAGUGAAAAGAAUCUCAGUCAAGCUAUACUUGAUACUACUCAUGGAGGGGCGCAUGGGGCCUUACUUGCCGUUGCUAACCCAGAACCGUACAAGCAAGCCCUUGGGUAUCUUCGAACCUGGGGUACACUGGUUACCUUAGGUUUGCCCAAGCGCGGCUCAGAGAUCCCUGUAGAUAUUUUCGAUACCGUCAUGAGACGAUUGACGGUUAGAGGCUCCAUUGUUGGUAGUCGUAUCGAAGCUAUCGAGGCUUUGCAAUUCGCUGCUCGAGGUGAAGUUAAGGUGCAUCUUGAAGUCCGACCCCUGAGUCAGCUCCAGGAGGUUCUGGAAAGUAUGGCAAAAGGGGACAUCAAGGGUAGGAUUGUGUUGGAUACUAGUAAAUGAGCAAAGCACUUGUGUGUGCGAUUCGCGCAAUCAGCUACAGAUUGUAUGUUUGUAAAUUUACUUUUCAUUGCAAAAAUUGGGAAUUACUGAAUUCGACAUAA